AUGUACCUAAUCACUACGAAGACUAUGUGCACCGCUGCGGUCGUACUGGUCGUGCAGGCAGGAAGGGGACUGCAUUCACCUUCAUCACCCCGGACCAGGCAUGAUCGGUAUGCGGGGGAGAUCCAAAAAGCAUUGGAGCUAUCACAUGCCACAGUGCCCGACGAAUUGCGGGAGCUAUGGACUGGAUUCAAAGAAAAGAAAAAGGCGGGUACGGUCCGCGAUGCCGGCAGCGGUUUCGGCGGCACAGGUUUCAAAUUCGAUGAGAGUGAGAAGGAGAAGGCCAAUGACAAGAAACAG